AUGCGGAGAAAGCGCUCCAGGGACCUUGAGAUGCUCUAUGAAGGUGUUUCAAAGAGGGAGUGACGACUCAUGUCACAACCGUUAAGUGAGAUGUGCAGUGCCCAGUGACCCCUGGAUGUGGUAAUGUGGAGCUCUGUGGUGACUGUGCCAAGUGCAGUGUCAGUGGAGUGGUACCAGGGAGAGCCUGGAGUGGCUUUACAAAAAAAAAAAAAAGAGGAAAGGCGGUGAGAAGAGUUUGCUAUAACCUUCAUAGCAAAAUGGGUCAGUGCAAUGGAGCAGAAAGUAAAAGGUAUCCAGUCGGGAAGUUCCGAGUCAGACACUCGACUGGAACACAAAGUAUUGCAAGAGUCCCUGGACCCUGGACAGACGGCAUUUGCUUUGGCCCAGCUUGAGUCCUUGGAGAUUUGCCUAAAGGAAGCAGAAGAAAAGGCUAAAGUUUUAUCCAAACAGCUUGCAGUCUCGGAAGGAACAAAAUUGAAACUGCUUGAACGAGUUUCCUGGCUGGAGAAAAAACUAGAGGCUUUGGACCAUAAGGAAACCAGUGAGGAGCCAUAUGAAAUAAUAGUUCAUUUGAAAGACCAGUGCAUUGAGAAAUUGCAGGCUGAGGUCACAGCAUCCCGGGAACGGCUUGCAGCCCAUAAACUGGAGCACAAAAAGAAAGUGGAAAAGCUGCAAACCGAUUUGGCAAUCGCUAAGCAAGAGGCCGCCAUCACGGCCCUGGAGCUCUCGGAGGAGAUAAGGAUGCUGUGUGAGGGAAAGCCCAGCCCCAGAGGUCAGUGCCAUCACGUGACCUGCACACGGCCCGCCUCAGGGCUGUGGUUUGAUUGGCGUCAAAGACCGGAAGUCCCAGUACGAUUGGCGUCAAAGACCGGAAGCCCCAGUAUGCGAGGGCCCCGGGGCGGACAGCUAUGCGUCUGUGGACAGAGAAAGCGCGCGAACCGCUCCUUCCCAGCUGGAUUGGAUUUCACAGUGAGAUAG